AACUGAAUCUAAUUUCAGAUAGUGAUGCUCUAGUAUAGAGAACUAUAGGAGGAGGAGAAUCUAACCCGGAACCAAACCAAAGACUUGAUAAAAUUGUGUGAUUCAUCCUGUAAGGUGAAACCAUGCUUGGAGCAGGUUUACUCUCUCUACUCAUUCUAGGAUUUCUAAACGGUUUAAAUGGAUUCACUAUGCUCAAGAUUGAUCCUGGUAUGGUUGUAGCACAACCUGGAGAAAGAAUUAGUUUACUUUGUGGAACUGAUGGACACUGGGAAUAUUGUAAAUUCUAUAGUCCCCAGGGAACAGAUUGUGAUUUCGAGUGGAAGAGAGCUUUUAAUGGAGUUCUAAAACAGGAGUGCGGACUAGGAGACAGGGUUGAGUUCUAUGGAAGAUAUAAUGAUAAAGAAUGCGGGAUUACAAUUAAAGAUCCAAAACCAGAGGACACAGGAGUCUGGACUUGCCAUAUGGAGGAGUAUGUAUUCCUGGGAGGGAGAGGUUCAGGGGUAACUGCAGAGGGACAUAUGAAUGUUACAGUUCAGACCACAACAACUACGGCACCUGAAACUACACCUAUAACUUCACCUACUCCCCCCUCUCCAACAACUCCAACUACUCCUACAACCACUACUUCUACUUCUACAGAAACUAAAACCACAGCAUCAACAUUUAAAACUAGCUCUGAACCGCUUCCAACAACAAUGAGUUCUAGUGAGACGAAACCAGGCUCCGACCCUACCCUGGAGAGUAUGGAUAGUAAACCUGAGAGUUCUCUGAUGCUGGAUCCUGUAUCCAGUAAUCCUGAAGCUGUUCCUAGGAUAGAGGAGGAAGUAUCAUCAACAGCAACAAUCAUAGGUGUGAUCUGUGCUGUUAUUCUUGUUGGCGUUAUCAGUAUUGGCGUAUUUGUAUUCCAACGCCGCCGCCGUGGUCCCGAUGCCGGUGCGGCAGUUGUUUACGAACGUGAAGCCCGAUCUGUUCACGAUGACCGCACAAUUGUGCACGGGUUUAACGGUCAAAUUGUGAAUAGUGACAGCAGUAUUAACUAUCAUGAAUUCUUCCCACCCACAUUUAAAGAGUCCAAUAAUGUCUCUCAACCUUAAAAAUAAAAAAAAUUAACCAAGGAAAAUAUAUAUUUAUAUUUAAUAAGUUUUACUCCAAAGUAUACCGCUUGCAAAACAUUAGUAAAAUUAAUCAAGUUUAUUAUAAGUGUACAGAUGGAACAAAAUAUACUUCAUUCAAGGAAACUGAACACUAGCCACAAAUUCUAUUUUUCUAAUUCCUCUAUAUUUGCAACGAAAUGGUGUAGGCCGCCUUAGAUAAUUCAAAAAUGACUAUUUGAUCUGACAAAAUAAGGUUACACGGAUAAAGAAAUUAGAAAAAUUUAUUUUUGUGUGUUCAGUUUCUUUCUUAAAAGAUAUAUUUUGUGAACAAUAUUAUUGAAUGAUAAACAAAAUAUCUCAUAUAAUAUAUUGCUGGCUUCAUGGUUUU